GAGGAGGAAGAGGCCGCGGCCGCCCCGGGCCCGACGCGAUGGAGGCGCUGCCGGUGCCGCUGCCCGCGGCCUCCCCCGCCGCUCUGCUGCCCGCCGCCGCCGCCGCGGGCCCCGUCGCCGGGACGGCCAAGGAGGCGACGUCGCCGGCGCCGAGGCAGGCGAAGAAGAUCCUGGACGAGGACGCCUACAUUGAGAGCUUGGAGAAGAUCAUUCAGCGGGAUUUCUUCCCCGACGUGGAGAAGCUGCGGGCGCAGAAGGAGUAUCUGGAGGCUGAGGAAAACGGCGACUUGGAGAAGAUGAGGCAAAUUGCCAUCAAAUUUGGCUCCUCCUUGAGCAAAUCGUCGAGGGACACACCUGCACCCUAUGUUACCCCAGCCACGUUUGAAACCCCAGAAGUGCAUCCAGGCGGCCUUCCACUGGGAAGUAAAUCCAAAGGUGGCAUCAAAUCUUCAGAAGAAGGAGAAGCAGAAAAAGAUGAUAAAGAUGCCCUUCCCAGCCUGGACACCUUCCUGGCCAAGCACACGAGUGAAGAUAAUGCUUCGUUUGAGCAGAUCAUGGAGGUGGCCAAGGAGAAGGAGAAGGUCAAGCACGCCUGGCUGUACAGUGCAGAGGAGGAGUACACACGGCGACAAAAUGAAAACCUGGCACUUCCUUCAGCAGAGCAGCAAGCUCUGGAGAAUGUGAAGGCUGGACUGGAUACCUGGGAAUACACAGCUCGGAACACCCUCAUGUAUUAUCCAACAGGUGUACCUGAUGAGAGUGAUGUCUUUAAGAAGCCCAGGGAAGUUGUCCAUCGAAACACCCGCUUUGUGAAGGACCCUUUUAGUCAAGCUGUGAGCAAAUCACAGCUCCAGCAAGCUGCAGCCCUCAAUGCUCAGUACAAACAGGGCAAAGUGGGACCAGAUGGGAAAGAACUGAUACCCCAGGAGUCUCCAAAAGUGAACGGAUAUGGGUUUGUGGCUACCCCCUCUCCUGCCCCUGGUGUGAAUGAGUCUCCUUUUAUGACAUGGGGUGAGAUUGAGAGCACCCCUUUGCGUCUGGAAGGGUCAGAAACACCCUAUGUGGACAGAACCCCUGGACCAGCCUUCAAGAUCCUGGAGCCUGGGCGCCGUGAGAGGUUGGGACUCAAGAUGGCCAAUGAAGUGGCAGCUAAAAAUCGAGCAAAGAAGCAGGAGGCACUUCGAAAAGUGACAGAAAACUUGGCCAGCCUCACUCCAAAAGGACUAAGCCCAGCAAUGUCACCAGCUUUGCAGAGACUGGUAAACAGGACUGCAAGUAAAUACACCGACAAAGCCCUGCGAGCCAGCUACACCCCCUCCCCAGCCCACACAGGAACUCCUGGUUACAAGACCCCGGCCAGUGGGCCCCAAACACCCCAGAGCACCCCACAGUCUAGGACAGUGUCUCACACACCAGUAUCUCAGGAUACUACAUCAAUCACGGACAAUUUACUGCAGCUUCCUAAAAGAAGAAAAGCGUCUGAUUUCCUCUGAAUAUUCCAAUCACUUGGAAGGUGGUGGUGACCUGGCUGUGCUCGGGACUGCAGACUGGUUGUUGGAAACUGGGAAAAUGAAGAUAAUUUUCUCUGUUUAAGCUGGCCACACAUUUGAAUUCGUUUCUGUACAGAUACAUCUAUUUCUAAAAUGGGCUAAGCCUUCCUAAAAGGCUGAACUAGACUUUGUUCCAGCUUGUCAAACUUCUUUGAGUUUGUACUUUGCAGAAGAGAGGACACAACUGAGACAUAACACAGAAUUUUGGAGAGGUUCUCUUUAAUUUGAAUUUAAACUGAUAGAGUUCACAAGUUAGACCAACUUUGUGAUCUUAUUAAAACCAGCAGUCCUUAAGAGGAUCCCUGUUCCUCCUCCACUCCUUAUACUUGUGCAGAAUGGGAUUUGCCUUGCUGCUUUUGCUCAGGCUUUUCUUUCCAUGGGUUUUGGGCUCGCCCUCUUCUGCAGCUGGCAGAGGGGAAGGGACCAGAUUUGUUUUUAUAGCUGCUCUGUGUGUGACUCAAAAGACUUGACGAUGUUGAUGAUCACAACACAAGGGCUGGGGACAGUCCUGAGUCAUCUACCAGGAUGACAGUGCCAUUCUGGAGGACAGAAGUGGUACUUCUGAUAGCCACACAGGGGCUUUUUUUUGGUGUUUUCCUCCCAUUCUUUGAAACUUUUGGCUAAUUUUUAGAACAACCCAAAAAAAAAAAAAAAAAAAAAGGCAAAGCAAUUUUAACCAUUUGUAGCCUGCUCUCAGAGCUGUGGUUACUCCAGUGUGAGCUGACCUCUGUGUGUGGGAUGAGCCCUUGUGUGGUGUGAUCCAGCCUGGAGAAGCACCGUUUAGGAGGAAGCAGAAGUAGCCAGAUGUGUGCACUUCUUGCACCACACCUGAGUACAAGACAGCCUGUGUAACGCUUGGCAGUGUUGACAUUUGCUAUAAUCACGUGAUGUUUUACUGAAGGAACAUCCAUGGAAAGUUUUAUGCAGCUCUGAGGAUCUGCAGCCUGCUCUAAGGUCUGGGGUGUUGGAUGCUGUGUUUGUCUUGGUGGAGAACUUCCUCCUCUGUGGUUUCCCCUGCUACUUCCAAAACUUGUGUCCCUGACUCCGAAAAACCCUUCCAAGGGACUUGGGUUUUAUAGUGCACCUUUUAAAAAUAAAUUAAUCAACAUGGCAUUUCCAGGAA